CCUUAUUGACUGCCUACACUUAAACACCAUGAUCACCACUAAAGUAUACGACGGCGGUUGCCAUUGUGGGAAAGUGAGAUACAAAGUCCGUCUCGAUAUACCUCCCUCCUCUAAUCCAGAUUAUCUCGGCCGAGGAACCCGCAUAUACAAAUGCAAUUGCACUACUUGCCACAAACUAGGCAUGUUUCAUGCGCGCCCAGGGGAUCCAGCUAAUGACUUCAUUGUUCUUUCACCGUCUUCUCCGACUGAGAAUUUGGGCGUAUACAAUGCUUUUGGUGGCAGCAACAACUGGUACUUUUGCAGGAAUUGCGGUGCACAGUUAUUUGGUGUCGGAGCUAAAUGGGUGUCUGAAGAGCUUGAUGUGGGAAAGUGGGCAGGAGACGUGAAUGGAGAUGGCAAGACGCAGACAGUGUGGAAGACGUCCGCUUUGAAUAUUCUGGAUCCCACAGGGAAGCCGGCGCAUUAUGUGAGCGUCAACUCAAUUACGGUUGAAGGGGUAGACUUGAUUGAUUGGCACGACAAGGGAUACAUAGCGUAUCUGAACGGUCGGAAUCGCGAGACGGAAAAUAUGAGGGAAACGGUGAGGUUCAGGAAACCUCAUCCUGAAGGAUGUUACUAG